AUGAGCCGCAUGAACCGAUACGAUGCCGAGAAUCCCCGCCCUGUGGACGAUUACCCAAUGGCGGAAGCAGUUCCGAUCAAUGUCGUGGAGAAUGUGUUGGAUAGCGUGCGACCUCCUUCCGUGAGUCCCAACUAUCAUGCAAUGGAUGAUGAUGACGAUGAUGUUCCUACUAUCACAGCCACGGCCAUUCCACAGCCGCCACAAGCACCUGUGACACCGACACCAACAUCAGCGACGCCGCCACAGCCUACCCAACCGCUACCACCAUACCGGUACCGGUACCUUGGAAGACAUCGCGCUGAAGUCAUCUGCCCCUUUUGUCAGGUACAGAUGAGAACCAGGACCAGGCACCAUGCCAACAUCAUCACAUGGAUGUUUGUGGUCCUUCUAGGAUUCUUUUGCUGGCCUCUCUGCCUUUGUUGUGCUCCUUUCUGUUGUCAAGCUUGCUUGGAGACGGAACACUAUUGCUCAAACUGUCACAGCAAAGUUGCUGCAGUGGGACCAUUCACAACCUAG